AUGUCAAGUUUACUUGAUUUAAACCUGAAAAAACCACCGACCUCUCAACAGCCUUUGCUGCAUUCAGGAGAUUUUUCAUCUUAUCAUUAUCGUAAACAGCAAAAGAUCAGGCAGCUCUCUACAGUUGCAGCCCUCGCACUCUUUGGCCUUUCAUGUGUGUAUCUUUCGAAACACCUGCCGACUGUUGUCUUGACCUCAGAUGACAAUACUAUAGUAACUGAAAGUAGCGACAACAUCUGGGAUAAAGCUUCCAAAUUUCUAGUUAUAUCACCAGGCAUAUCCUAUCACUCUUUUGAAGAGGGCUUGAGUAAAUGCCAAGCCAUAGAGAACAGAAACAACGCAGUGACAAAUACUUCUCGCCGGCGUCAUCGUAAUCCUCACGCUCCGAAAAAUGCAGAGGACAUACUCAUUAGAAAUGGAUACAUAUGGUUGGGUGAUCGUUAUUUGAAUUCAGGAGAUGUAUACAUACAAAAUGGAUUAAUUACCGCCGUGGGUGCUGAUUUGGAUGUUCACAUUACAGAUAAGGAGAAAACUCGCAUUAUUGAUGCUGGUGGUCGUGUGGUUACACCUGGCAUCAUUGAUAUGCAUUCUCAUAUGACGGUUGAUUCAUUGACCGGUUUAAAAGCUACUGACGAUACCAACGAAAUGACAACACCUACUACGCCUUAUGUACGCGUAAUCGAUGCUUUGAGUCCAACAGACCCAGGUUUAAAGAUUGUUGCGAGUGGUGGUAUUACCACGUCUCUGAUUCUCCCCGGUUCUGGCAAUCUAAUGGGUGGAGAAGCAGCUGUCAUCAAGCUUCGACCCGUGUCCACUCUGUCCAAUGAAGACCUGCUUAUCGGAUCCGGUGUCAUGGAAGAAGAUGAAGAAGUUAUUUGGAGAUAUAUGAAGAUGGCAUGUGGAGAAAACCCUAAAACUUAUUAUGGUGGUGCUCUAAAUAAGAUGCCUUCCACUCGACUUGGUGAAAAUUACUUGUUCCGGCGACGUUUUGAAGAAGCACAGCAGUUGAGAAGAAGACAAGAUGACUGGUGCUCUGCAGCUAGGCGCAUGAAAGAAGAGGAAACAUCUUCCAGCGAUCAUAGUAAGAAGAGACAUCCUGCUCCUCCUCGUUUAUCGGAGCCGUUUCCGGAUAAUAUACAGCUUGAGAGUCUGACUGCGCUCUUGAGGAAGCACGUCAAUUUGAAUGUACAUUGCUACUUGCCUCAAGAUAUUGAGGCCAUGAUUCGUCAUUCUCUGGAAUUCGACUUUGAAAUUGCCGCUUUCCAUCACGCUUUGAGCGCUUGGCAGGUACCUGAGAUCAUUAAAAGAGCAAAAACAAAUAUAACAGUAGCGACUUUUGCAGAUAUGUGGGGAUACAAGGCUGAAGCUUGGGAUCAAAACGUGCAUGCGCCAAAAAUACUUGACGAGGCUGGUAUCCCAGUAGCCUUCAAAAGUGAUCAUCCUGUUACUAACGCGCGUGAUCUUAUUCAUGAAGCUCAAAAAGCAUAUCAUUACGGCUUUAACGAACACAAAGCUCUCCAAGCUGUGACCAUGGUGCCUGCUAAAUCUUUACGACUCGACCAUCGCAUUGGAAGUAUUGAAGCUGGAAAAGAUGCAGAUAUCGUUAUCUGGGAACGACACCCUCUUAGAUUGGGCGCACGACCGAAACAAGUAUUUAUUGAUGGCGUCGAACUUGAUUUCGAUUCAUCAUGGACAAAGACGGUAACUGAAGAGAAAAAAGAAAUGAGCCAAGUAACACAUAUUACGGAGCAGGUCGAAGAUAUAACAGAAAAGUCUACUGGAAAGCCCAAUCUGCAUUAUUUGCCGCCUUUUUCAACAGGAACAAUGUAUCUUGAAGACCACGAUCUAGAUAAUCCCGACAAUUUUGAAAACGCUUGCAAGGCUCAUGUUGAUUCCUUUGUGUUGCGCAACAUUAGCCAGAUUUAUAUGAACAGUAGCAUCACUUUGCACGCUGAUAAGGUUGGCCAAAGUCUGACUAUGAUCAUUGUUGAUGGCCGUAUUUCAUGUGCCGGUAUUGAUUGUGAUCGUGAUCAAGUUGACUGGCCAAUAUCUAGCCCAGUAUUUGAAAUGGAGGGUGCUGUGAUUCUCCCAGGAAUCAUAUCAGCAGGUGUACCUCUUGGUUUAAUGGAAAUCCAAGCUGAAGAUACAACUCAAGAUGGAUACGCAAAGAAUGAUGUCACAGAUCCCAACCUCUCUAAGAAUAUAGUACGGGCAGUCGACGGAUUGAAAUUAGGUGGCCUUCAUCUCCAAAAAGCAUUAAAGUCAGGAGUCACCAAGGUUAUCUCACAACCGCAGGUUGAUGGUGAUCUUUUGGCCGGUGUCUCAGUUACUUUCCGUACGGGCAGCGAGAGUAUUUUUGGAAAUGAUCAUAUUGAAACCAUACUGAAGGAAGAAGCAGCAUUGAACUUUGUUAUUCAGCAUUCUGGAAAAAUGACGGUCUCGAAGCAGAUUGCUACCAUUCGCGAACUAUUAUUAAGCAAUAUAGACAAGGAAACAAAUGAUAACGUAUUGGCCAAAGCUGCUCAAGGGCUCCUUCCUGUCGUUGUUCAAGUAGAUGACAAGGAUGAAAUUGCAUCUAUUAUUGCCAUUAAGGAGAUGAUCAUGAGAAAGCAUGGUCGCAAUGUGAAAUUUAUCAUUCUUGGUGGUGCCGAAGCCCAUUUGGUGGCAGAGCAUUUAGGACGUCUUGAUGUACCAGUUAUAUUGAUGCCUGCUCGUUGUUAUCCAACCACAUGGCAAGCUCGCUACUGUUUAACAGGACCACCUGUGACACCUAAUACAGUGCUUGACGUUUUGUUGGAGCAUAAUGUACGUGUAGGUCUAGGAAGUACUGAUGUAGAUAAUGGAGAUGCACGCAACUUAAUUUGGGAAGCUGGUUGGAAUCUUGCUCAUAAUCCUUCUUUCAGUCCUCAAGAUGCAGUUGGAUUAGUCACAUGGAAUAUAGGUAACAUGUUUGAUCUGACAGAAAAGCUUGCGGGCCAACUGAGAGAAGGAGGAGAAGCAGAUUUUGUUGCUUAUAAUGGUAACCCAUUUGAAUUUGGCACUCGUGUCUUGAUGGUGAGUGGCGGUGGACACUCUGGACCCCUAUGCUUUCCACAGCAAGUUUGA